UCUCUCAGCCGAUGGUGACGUAGUUGCGCGCCUAACUGAGCCUGUCUGUGUGUGACUUUUAAAGAAAAGAAAAAAAAAUCGGGUGCGAAGGGCUGUAGGGCGCAACCAUUUCACACCUCCACCGCGCGACAAAAGGCCUAAUAUUAAUACUAAUUAUCCGAGGGCGAGAAUUUAUAGGCUACAUAAAAAGCGCUCAUCUCCAGCAACCGUAAGCUCCAGAAACUGACUCGGCGCAGAGGAGACAAACCGUGGUCAUUCCGAUGGUGCGCCAAUUGGUCCCGCUGCCCGCCUGCCUGCCCGCCUGCCUGCCUGGGUAACUUCCAUAGCCUGCACAAAGCUGAGCGCCUUUCUAAUGUAACACAGGCGUUUAAUAUGAAUUGUAGUGUGUCGUUUCUGUAGAGAAGACAGCCGGGCAAGAGACAGCUUCCACGGCAGUGCCUAUACUACAGUAGGUAUAGCGGCAUCGUAGAAUCCCCUGCGCCGAGAGAGGGGGAGGAGGAGAGCGCUGAUUCACGGCUUGCAGGAGGAGGGAGAGCCGUGCGGACGGGGGGCUCUGAAGAUCCAUCUCUGAUCUUAAAAUACCGACCCCCCUCUCCUCUCCUCUCCUCCCCCCCAUCCCCAUCUUCCUCCUCCUCCUCCUCCCCCCCCCUCGUCAUUGACAGCUCUGCGACCCGGUCAAUCCGUCAGACAGGGGAGGAUCUGGGGAGGAGGGCGCCAAGGCGGGAGACAGCACGAAAGGCGAUCACCUCUGGCCGGUUUUGAUCCAAUCGCCGAUAUCUACCGAGCAGCGGGCUGCACGGGCACCUGCCUCUCCCUCUCCGUGCAUGAGGACGACACAGUGGCUUCACCGGGGGAUUUGUGGUGCGAGGAGCGCGCUUUUACUCAAGACGUCCAAGCAGCGAGAUUAUAGCCUACUGUGACUGCUGAUAGAGUGAUCUGACCGGCCAAACAACAACAAUAAUAAUAAUAAUAAUAAUAAAGGGAGGCGGAGAGGAGCUAUUUCGCGGUUUCUACACAAACUCCCCGGAAUACAAAUCCAGGUGGUGAAUAGAGAAAAGUCACAGCCCAGUGCUGGAUCCCAGGGGGACUGUCAGCGUGGUAAGGACCCUUGAGACGAAGGAGGGUGCAUGGAGGGUUCAAGGCCUGUAAAGCCAGGGUCGUCGGCCUGCCUCUGGUUGGGGCUGGUCUCUGUGGCUGUAGCCUUCCUUUGUACAGAGGCCCGGACCACUCCGAGCCCUCUGCUAACCCCUAGCAAUGCAACCUGCUCGGGAAACUCCAAGUGUCAUGCAGGGAUCAUCCUGCCCAUCUGGUAUCCCGAGGAUCCCUCCAUGGGAGACAAGAUCGCACGGGUCAUUGUGUAUUUUGUGGCCAUGAUCUACAUGUUUCUCGGAGUGUCCAUCAUUGCCGACCGCUUCAUGGCGGCCAUCGAGGUCAUCACCUCCCAGGAGAAGGAACUUGUCAUCAAAAGGCCCAAUGGGGAAACAACCACCACCACAAUUCGGGUGUGGAAUGAAACGGUCUCGAACCUCACCCUCAUGGCCUUGGGCUCGUCCGCCCCUGAGAUUAUGCUCUCUGUAAUUGAGAUUUGUGGACAUGGGUUCAAAUCUGGUGAGCUUGGGCCAGCCACAAUUGUCGGCAGUGCAGCCUUCAAUAUGUUUGUCAUCAUUGGCCUCUGUGUGUCUGUCAUUCCCCAAGGAGAGGUACGCAAGAUCAAACACCUCCGAGUGUUCUUUGUCACUGCAGGCUGGAGCAUCUUUGCUUACAUCUGGCUCUACAUGAUUCUGGCUGUGUUUUCUCCCAACGUAGUCCAGGUCUGGGAGGGUCUACUCACACUGGCCUUCUUCCCCAUAUGCGUACUCCUUGCAUGGGUAGCGGACAGACGACUGCUCUUCUACAAGUUCAUGCACAAGAAGUAUCGCACCGACAAACACAGGGGCGUCAUCAUUGAGACGGAGGCAGAACGCUCCAAGGGGAUUGAGAUGGACGGCAAGAUGGUCAACUCUCACUUCAUGGAUGGAGGGGCGGCAAGCAAUCUCAUUGGUCUGAUCGAGAGCAAAGAGGUUGACGAGUCCCGGCGCGACAUGAUCCGCAUCUUGAAAGACCUGAAGCAGAAGCACCCCGAGAAAGAGAUGGAUCAGCUGGUUGAGAUGGCCAACUACUACGCUCUCUCCCACCAGCAAAAGAGCCGUGCCUUCUACCGCAUUCAAGCUACACGCAUGAUGACAGGCGCGGGGAACAUCCUGAAGAAGCACGUCGCCGAGCAGGCGAAGAAGAGCAUCAGCGUGCAGGAGGUGCACGUGGAGGAGCCAGAAGAGUACGUGUCUCGAAUUGCGUUUGAGCCUGCCGUCUACCAGUGCCUCGAGAACUGUGGCGCCGCCAUUCUGUCCAUCACCAGAAAGGGUGGCGACAUCAACAAGACCAUUUAUGUGGAUUAUAAGACGGAGGACGGCUCGGCCAACGCCGGGGCCGACUACGAGUUCUCAGAGGGUACAGUAGUGUUCAAACCAGGAGAGAUGAUCAAGGAAAUCAACAUUGGCAUCAUAGACGACGACAUCUUUGAAGAGGACGAGCACUUUUUUGUGCGGCUCUGUAAUCUGCGUGUCCUGGAGACGGAGGACGAGGUGCUGUCCCCCAACAGUCUCCCAUACCCAAAGGCCAUGCUGGGCUUCCCCACCGUGGCCACCGUGACCAUUCUGGAUGACGAUCAUUCGGGCAUCUUCACCUUUGAGAGCAGCUCGGUGCACAUCAGUGAGAGCAUUGGUAUUAUGGAAGUGAAAGUGAUAAGGACUUCUGGAGCAAGGGGGACGGUCGUCGUGCCUUAUCGCACCAUGGAGGGACUCGCCAAAGGAGGAGGGGAGGACUUUGAAGACACCUACGGAGAGCUUGAGUUCAAAAACGACGAGACCUGCAAACUUGUUCACGUGAAAAUUAUUGACGACGAGGAGUAUGAGAAAAACAAGAACUUCUUCCUGGAGCUGGCCGAGCCUCGCAUGGUAGACAUGAGCCUGCAGAAAGCCCUGUUGUUAGCUGACGAUGUACCAGACAGGAAGAUGACAUCAGACGAGGAGGAAGCCAGGCGGAUCGCAGAGAUGGGAAAACCUGUGCUGGGGGAACACUCCAAGCUGGAAGUCAUUAUUGAGGAAUCAUACGAGUUUAAGAGCACAGUGGACAAGCUGAUCAAGAAGACCAACCUGGCACUGGUGGUGGGAACCAACUCCUGGAGAGACCAGUUCAUGGAGGCCAUUACAGUCAGUGCAGAUGAGGAUGAAGAUGACACAGGGGAAGAACGGCUGCCGUCCUGUUUCGACUACGUCAUGCACUUCCUCACCGUCUUCUGGAAGGUCCUGUUUGCUUGCGUUCCUCCCACAGACUACCUGAACGGCUGGGCCUGUUUCUUCAUCUCCAUCAUCAUCAUCGGCCUGCUCACGGCCGUCAUCGGUGACCUGGCGUCUCACUUCGGCUGCACCAUCGGCCUCAAGGACUCGGUCACCGCUGUGGUGUUUGUGGCACUCGGCACAUCUGUUCCAGACACCUUCGCCAGUAAGGUAUCGGCAGUCCAGGACACCUAUGCAGACGCCUCUAUAGGGAAUGUGACCGGCAGCAACGCCGUCAACGUCUUUCUGGGAAUCGGCUUGGCCUGGUCGGUGGCGGCCAUCUACUGGCACAUGAAAGGGAAGCCGUUUGUGGUGGAAGCCGGCUCGCUGGCCUUCUCUGUCACUCUCUUCACCAUCUUCGCCUUCCUGGCCGUCUCGGUGCUGCUCUACCGGCGCCGGGCCCACAUCGGAGGAGAACUGGGCGGGCCCCGGGGACACAGACUGGCCACGUCAGCCUUCCUUUUCGGCCUCUGGUUCCUCUACAUUCUCUUCUGCAGUCUGGAGGCCUACUGUCAUAUAGAGGGCUUUUAAAGAGAAAAGACUUCAGCGAGGGAGAACACAAACACACAGGGGUUUAAAGUACAACUUCAGAGGUAAAAGCGUGAAUUCUCACUGUGGAAUUUGGGUCAGUCUUGGUUUCAUGGUAUGAAAGGACAGGAGAGGUAGACCCAGGGUUUUCCCAGACACCUCCCUUUCUUUCUCUCUCUCUCUCUUUCUCUCUCACUCUCUCUCUCGCUCUCUCUCUCCCUCCCUCAACCCCUUCUGUAAGGACGCUUGGAGGUGAGUAUCCUGCCCUCUAGUGCCGACAGGCCUGUUCGCCCCCCAGUAACAGGAGAGCCAUCCUGAGCCUGUGCCAGUGUGCUUACAGUUGGGAUUGGGUUACCACCGAGUCCAGAAGAGGCCGAUGCCGGGGCGCUCCUGCAUUCUACUGGAAGAGACUGCAGUCUUAUAUCCGGAGAGAGUUGAGUUAAUCAGAGGUCUAUAUUUUUCUCAACAUCUGACGAGAAUGACUUUUUUAAAUAAUGUAUUUUGGGGAUAAAAAUGCCAAAAAUUAAUAAAACAAAAAAAAGUUACAAAAAACACACACACACACACACACACACACACACACACACACACACACACAAAGAGGAUUAAAAGAACUAUUUUCUGAUCUAGGUUAAGGAAUAACAAAAGAUAAUAUCGUAAAUGGGAAUAUUUUGUUGAGUGACAGUGGGAUGGAUUCAUAGUAUUUAUUUUUAAUUUGCGUAGUUUCCUAAGGAGCACUGCAGAGUUCUCAGAAAUCACACAAUGAAGAAGAAGAAGAAGAAGAAGAAGAAGAAGAAGAAGAAGAAGAAGAAGAAGAAGAAGAAGAAGAAGAAGAACAGGAACGACAGUGACAGUUCAUACUGGCAGACAAAUCACCAUUCAAACAGGCGAGGAGGAAGAGGUGGACACAGGGAACAUGGUCAAACUGCCCUGAACAUUACUUCCAAACUCUAUAAGUAUCUAUAUAUAUAAUAUAUUUCCAUAUUUUCUGUAUAUUUUGAAUAUUUGUUUAAAUGUGGUCACCUUCUGCUCUAACAGAGGAUUGCUGUGGCUAAGCGGGAGGGGAGGGGGGGUCAAACUAUCUACUAGAACGAUGUCUUCACAUUUCUAAGAGUUAUGUAUCUUGCCUAGGUAAAAGUAUGACAUUGUACUUUAUUUAUUUACUGAUAUCUUGGUCUCACUCCAGUUUUCACCUUUUCAAUCAGAAAUCAGAAAAAAAAACGUGUUGCUGCAGAGGUAAAUUCAGAGGUAUUUUUGUACUGUUCUUCCGCACUUUGCUGUAUAGUUCUAUUUAUGGAGACUUCUACUUGUACAUGUGCAAAAGGCCAAUAUUAAAGGUGUCACUAUGGACUGAACAGAGUGCCUGUGGAGGGAGAGGCGUUUGCUGCAGCUUCCCACACUGACGAGCUCUUUGCUCAGCUGAACAACUGAAGAGUUUCUUCCUAAAAUGGUGCGUAACCAUUUUUAAAGCUGCAUUAUUAGAUUUGUGGCCACUUGGAGGAAGCAGUACGAGCUGAAAACACAACCGUUGCCAUAUUAUAACCUUACAGAAAGCCCUGAUGCCGCUAGCUGCUAGCUGCUAGCUGCCGUUCCACUAGCACAAAAUUGAGGGUUUCUUUCAUCUGUAUUAUAUGAAAAAGUGAAUCAUGUUCCUGGGUUCCACUUUUUUCAUCUACUGAGUUCAAGCCUUCACGAUUUUAACAAAAUGAAACAAUUAAUUUGGUAGCAUAUAAAAAGCUAUUGCUCCUCCAAACAUGUACCAUUGCAUUAUUAUUAGCUUUAGCAUUAUCCUAACUUUCUGCCAUGGAAAAAGUAGGUUAAAUACCACUAAAUGCAGAAAUAUUAAAUAAACAAUGGUAUUACAUUGUUGUUUUUUUUAAAUCCAGUCUCUGUCUUGAGAAACAGAACACAACAUAGGCCUACUGAUGAGCUAGGUCAUGUUCCAGUGCUAAAACUACACAUAUUAAUAUGAUUCUGAAGCAGGUUUUCUAACUUAUGGAACAAAAUCCAGGAGUUUUACUGUCACUUCAGCUAUGUAUAAAGUUGGUGAAUGUGUUAGCAAACCGCUGCUUAUUUACACUUCCAGUAGACCUGGAGCAGCGUUAGCGUUAAUUCUAGUCGUGUGUUUGAACACCUGAUGAAUAUAGUCUAAUAUUCACUCCUGUUUAAGCUCUGUUUUGUUCUCCAACUACUCCUGGGGGAAAUAUCUGGCUCUUUAGCUGCUAAAUACUCACACGUUGUUCACAAGCUAGAUGCUAACUCCUAGAGUGGAGUUAGCUAGCAUUGCUAAACACUUUAUUAUUUUUUAUACUUUAUCUGAGGGGAACUGCAGAGUUGGGGUUUGUAAGUGAUUGUGAGUGACAACUCUCACAUUAUACACAUAAUUUCAUCUAUUACAAAUAUGAAUUACUGGUAAUGCAGCUUUAACAAAGUAUCAUUCUUUUCUUGACAUUACAGAAAAUCAAGGUGAUUUCGAUAUUUCUAGCUGUUUUGUUGGCAGUGCUUUAUAAAAUGACUCAUAAAUCACACAAACUUUGAGUUUUGGUCAUUAUGUAAAGACCAAUGUCAGUGUUGCUCAUUUCGGAUUGAAACUCUUCAGUGAAGAAGCAGGUGUGGGUGUCAGAGCAGCAGAUAGCUCUUGGUUGAAUGGAAAGUAUAGCCUGAUAUUGAUACUGAAUGCUGUUUAACACAUGACUGGUGCUUCAUUUUUAAAAACUAGAGAAGAAAAAAAAAACUAAAUACACAUUUGAAACUCCCAAGAAGCAGAAGAAAAUAUGUUUAUUACUUAAUUUGCAUAAAAGUGUAUGCUAGUAUAUAAGCAGUCAAUUCUUGGCUAAUUUAAAAAAAAAUCACCCAAGAGAUUACCAAAGAGGUGGGGUGCAUCUGUUUAAAAAGAAAAAAAAAAGAAAAGAAAAUGAAAAUGAAAAGUAAAUAAAGAGUGACAGUUAAGUGGCAUUGACACUGUAUUUCCACAAGGGGGAUGUCAAUCUCCAGUCCCUGUGGUCAUCCUUUCUUCUACUUCUCUCCUCAUCCACUUCCUCCUCCUCCUCCUCCUCCUCCUCCUCAGUGUUCUUCCUCUGUGGUGAGCAGUGUUGUAAAUAUGUCUCGUGGCUGAAUCGGAUGCUUUCCCAUGGCCCUGGACCACACCUGCUCACCCCACUCCGUCUCUAUCUCUCUUUCAUACAAACACACACACAUUCAGAGUAGAGACGAUGGGUCCACUGCUGCACAAGAGGGAGGACAGUUAGGGAGGACUGUCCCAUUCAGAGGCAACACAAAACCCACAUUAUGUACAUAAUUUUCAGCGUAUGUUUACAUAGACACAGUAUAGGUGUCCUUGGGGGGGGGGGGGAAGCGUCAACACAACUCUAACAUCUCAUCUACAGUACAGGUUACCUGCAGUCGCUUCAUCUGAUCCAGAAGUGUGAAGUUUGUAUUGUUUUAUUUUUGGGGGGGGAUCUCACUUUGUCACCCUUUCUCUUGUUCAAAUCCUGCAACAGGAAAUAUGUUCAGUCUUGAGUUCAGCAGGUAUUCAUGAUGUCAAAGGAAUUGCCAGCGUUCUUAUUUAUCUUUGCCUUUAGUGGCAAUUUGUAUCGCUCAUUUGGUUGUAUUGUCGAUUUUUAUCCGCCGGGGAUGUGUUGAGCUGAACGUCGGCCAGUGUGUGUGUGUGUGUGUGUGUGUUUGUGUGUGCUGUGCAUGUUGCCAGGCUGUGCGUCCUCUUCGCGCUCGUGUGCACAGGCGGGGGUUGAGUUCUUCCUCACAAGGGCAUGACUCUAGAUUGGUUCUGUCAUUUUUGUCUUACAAAUACGAGUGUUAGUUCUGUAAAAGAUGAAAGCUAUUUAUCAUACACCUCUCAAGGCACCAGUCUUCUUUUUUUUUUUUUCCUCAGCCUGAGGGAUAGAAGGGGAAUAUCACCGUACAGGAAUUGGACUUGUGGUUGAUGAAGUUGUGAGACACAGAGGAAAGCUUCAUUGAUUAGGUGAAUACUGUUAACUUUUUGUGUGUAACGGAAAAAGGGGCACAUUUUAAUGGAUGGGUAUGUUUUUCCUGGCCUGCAAUGAGAUGUCAAAAUAAAAAAAAAAGCAAAUUUCCAAAGCUGACGGUGUUUUAAAACCAACCCCCGUUUUGUUCUUUUAAAAGCAGCUUUCUGGUUCAGAAGCAAGCAGCGGUUGCACUGACUUAAAUCAAGCCUGAUUAUGUGUCUUUGAAUCCGACUAUGUAUCAUAUCGUCACUGUCACCGAGUUAACUUUUCAGGAAUGAAGAAAAAGCAGACCUGUAGAUUAUAGUUUUGAAAGGUUUCCAAAAAAAAUUUAAAAAAAUCUCCAACAUUGAUGUUAUUAGGGUUUUCACUAAACAAUACUACUGUGUGUACUGUGUUGCAUCAUCAGUUCAUGCUACUUUUUCAAUAUGGCGCUGUGAAAAAGCACAAGUGUGUCGUCCCACACUGGACACAUGGAGGUGUGGAUUUCUUUUCAUGAUACACAGUUCUAGGCAUUGAUGAAAUGAACGAUGUUUAUUUGGAACAGUUUCCUUUUCCCAUCCAAUCCAGACGCCAAGUAAAGGGAUUAUUUUGUACAUUCAAAAUGUUAUCAGCUUGCACAUACUUUUACUCUCGGACACCAGUCCUCUGUCUAGUAUCUCAAAUCUUUAUAUCAAUGAUCUCCACGUCUGUUGGUUGCACUUCACUGCAUAUUUGCAACAAUAUCUAGCAAAGCCUCCUGGUUGUGUUAAGCCAGACCUCAUUUUGUCUGCCGCGGGUGGUUGGUUAUGUGGGUUUUUCAUAAUUCUAUUAAAGUUGCCAAGAGUGAG